AUGUCCGAGUCCCCAACUACUCCUCAUGGUGAAACAAGCCCGGUUCUAUCCGCACCGCAGCAGCCACUCAACCGAUCCUGUGAGUCGUGCAGAAAUCUCAAAGUUCGCUGUCUUCCCAACCCAACCACGCCAAACCAAUGUCAACGAUGUGCCAAAGGCAAGAAGGCUUGCACCUUUGUAGCACCGCAAAGGCGGCGGCCCCGUAAACGGACCGACUCCCGAGUGGCCCAAUUGGAAAAAGAGAUGCGCGUGAUGCGCACUCUACUUAAAGACAGAAUUCGAGAAGAAAGCGAGCCGGAAUAUUCCGAUGACAGCAUCACUUCUCAAGACAACGAGUCUGGUGAUAUGGAUUAUCAGGGUGCCUUGGGCUCCAUUCCGGAGUCCGUCGGGGGCGCCUCCCAGUCUGCCCGAUUCAUGGACUACUCUCCUGAAUUCAACAACACAUCCCACUCCGGAAUGCAUGGAAGUGGAUCUCUCUCAGCACCUCCAACUCUGUCUGGAUUGCAUGCCAAUUUUAUCUCUGCGUCUAGUAGGCCCCACGCUGAGGAUGUUGUCGAUCGUGGCAUCAUCUCUCUCGAAGAUGCAGAGCAAUUGGUUGUUUUUUUCAUUCAUGAACUGUCCAACGUUUUCCCGUUAGUCAAACUUGAACCAACCACCACCGCAGCACAGCUGCGACAGACAGCGCCGGUUCUCUUCCUUUCUGUGAUCUCUGCAGCGGCAAUCUCCAUCGAUGUAGAUCUAGCAGCUGUGCUGAACCGCGAAAUGGUCCGUUUGUAUGCGGACCGGUUCUUCAUUGAGGGCGAAAAAUCGCUUGAGCUGGUGCAGGCACUAUUGUUGAUGAUGAUUUUUUACUUCCCGCCGGACUCGCCCUUGAAACUGCAAUUUUAUCAAUAUGCGCACAUCGCGUCGACGAUGGCGCUGGAAAUCGGGCUCGCGACUAAACGGCGUAUUUCCCAAAAGAAGCCCGAUCGCAAAAAUUCAGAGCCCCAUGAUGAGCUCAUGGCGGAACAGGCCAGAGCUGUUCUUGGAUGCUACCAUUUAUCAUCAACUGUUGCAAUGAAGACUCGACGCCCGAACUUACUGCAAUUUAACGACUGGAUGGCGGAGUGCGUGGCUCAGCUGGAACGAUCGCCGCAUCUAACAGAUCAACGGCUCGCCGUAUGGUUCAAACUGCAGCGAAUUACUGAUGAAUCCAUGGCCUCAUUUGGCCUUGAUGACACUAGCUCAUUGUCGACAUUAACUGAAUCACGCGUGCAAGCCGUGUUGCGGUGGUUCGAAAAGCAAAUGGAAGUUUGGAGAAACAAUACUCCCAAUAAAAUGCUCACAGUGCCCAUGAUCCUCGAGUAUCGAUCUGCCAUCCUCGCCAUGUACGAGCUCAGCGUAGGAGAAGGCUACCGAGACCCCGACGCCGUAAAACGACGAGACUUUACCCUCCCAAACUUAGAUGAAGACGGAAACACCCAAAAGGCCAUCCCGAUGAGCGUCACCCGCAUCGAUAUCACCGUGAAAUGGAUGAACGCAGCGCACGAGCUAUUGGACGCUCUUUUGACAUGCAGCGCAGAAACGAUGCGCCGAUUCCCAAACCUGAUGUACACGCGAUUCACAAUGGCAGUAACCUCGCUACUGAAGAUCCAUUUCUCAGUGCGCACCGGUGCACUCAGUGAGAUCAUCACGCCAGAAACCGUGAAUGUCAUCUACUACCUCGACGCGAUGGCCAACAAACUGGGCGAGGCGAGCGGCGGUGGCAAAUACAAGAUUCCCACACGGUGGUACCAUGUCAUAGCAGUGAAGAGUCGGGACUGGUAUGAACGCCUAGAGGAGCGAUACGCAUCAGACAGAGUAAGGAUGGCGACCUCAAACUCGGCAACCCCCACUGAGCACAUGGCCGCGACACAAAUGGGCCCACACGAUCCGGCUGUGCGAAUGGACUCUGCAUAUCCCGUGGCUCCCAGUGUAUCGCAUAUGGCACCAGGUAUCGAUAAUGGAUACGUCGCCAUGAGCGGUGCGGGCAUGUGGCCCAUGGAUGGCAGCCAUCAAAGCCAGUUCUUCCAGUCUCUCCCUGGUGGGUAUUCGCAACAGCCGACUUCACUUGCGCCGCAAUUUGCGUUUGAUCCGCACAGACUUCCUCACCAGGAUAUGGCUGGGGCAAGCAUGGAGCUGGAUGGGUGGCUUCCCGAUGGAAGCAUUUUUGGCAUGCCACCUCUGCCUGAAUUUUGA